UAAAUAGUAAGUCCAGUUAUAACUUUGUGAGGAUUAUGGUUUCAAUUCAAAAGGCGGAUUAUCGAUAGCUACCUCGUGGUGCAGCCGCGUGGACAGGAGGGCAGCGAGAUGCUUUUGCGUAACAAACAUUUGUAAGGUGAAAGGAAGGUCUGAAUUCAAACGCAAUCGAAUCAUGUGACCAGAGGCCAUACCCCUUUGUAAUAAACCCACGCUACACACGUGACUUUAAACUUCAAACAAAGAAACACACAAUAACAUUCACACGAGGACAGUCUCCGAGGGUAGGAAAAGCUUUCCAUAUAUCGUGGUUCAUUUGAGAAUUAUUGGAUUGUGUAAACUAUCGAGAAGAGAACUUUGCUGAUAAUAUUCUUUUUGAUCCUGUGUUCUGGUCAGUGGUGCCGAUUAUUGGUCCUAACAGUGUGACGCCUUCUCGAGGAUUACGUUGAUUACCUCUACCCGACGAACAGCCAUUGCGUGGUGAAGACACCUGUGAUCGUGGCCUGUGAUUUGCGACAUUUUUUUCCUGCGUUUGUCAACGUCUCGGGUGUUGUUUUCCCCUUGCUAGAAUAGCGCGAGUCUGAACCAGCCAUGGCAACAUCGGUGUGUGGACAGGUUGACUUGAUGAGGGGGCAUCCCUUUCUGACCACCGACAUCAGUAGUGACCUCGCCAUUCAAGCACAUGUAUGUGAACAGUUCCAAAGGAUGACCGUCCAAUCCAAGAAGUCAGAACCAGAAUCUAACAAUUGUAAUGAUGAUGUGUUCAGUAUCCCGAAAAUAAAUGAAGUUUGUAAAGACGGUGUGCUGCGUACAUCAAGCAAAAGUACACAUAGUAAUGACGCUGUGUUAUGUACAUCAAUCUCUCGUAGAGCUUGUGAUAGCAGUGGGACAUACGAUUCUUGUUCAAGCAAACUGAAAGAAAAGCACACAAAAGUGAAAGAAAUCACGUUUGCAAAAUUCCGUGAGUGUUAUGAGCCUACGGGACAAAAUCUGGGCAGAGGGGCACAUGGAUCCGUCUACUCCUUCCAGAACCGCGAAUCAGGGGCGGAAUAUGCCGUAAAAAUAAUCAAGACUCGCGACAAUAAGAGCCGCAGGAAAGUUAAAAAAGAAAUCGACAUUUGUCAACGGUACAAUAACUACGACAAUUUUAUCAACCUUGUGGAAUUCUGUGAGGUUGGAAGUUCGUUCUUCUUAGUGUUUGACAAGAUGGAGGGAGGAGACCUUGGCCGGGUGUUGGAAUCCCGUGGUCAUCUAAGUGAGACAGAAGCAGCCCGAAUCAUCAGCACCAUCGCUCACGCCCUCCAUACGUUGCACAACGACGGUGUGGCCCAUAGGGACAUUAAACUCGAAAACAUCCUAUGUAAAAAGUCAGGGGAGGUCACCCCGCUCGUUGUCGGUGAUUUCGGGAUUGCCAGUGAUCCCCCUUCAGAACGUGACCCUUCAAAAGGAGACUUAACGAAGACCGCUCUGACGUCUCCUGCAGGAACCCGUCUUUACAUGGCGCCCGAGGUUUUCGCUUUGUUGCGCGUGGAGUCUCUGGCGUCCUACGACACCCGCUGUGACAUGUGGAGCCUAGGGGUUCUGAUCUACAAAAUGCUUUUCGGCGUAAUGCCCUUUCGCCGAGGCUGUGACGAGCACCGUAGAUCAAUGGAUCUUUCAUGCGAUGCCUGCGAGGUCGUCUUGUACCAGGACAUCCGUCACGGGGACUACCGCUUUCCAGAGAAUGCUGGAGAGUCGUAUUCAAACAGCGCCUUGGAUUUGAUUCAACAUCUCCUGGUUGUUGACCCACAAGCCCGCUACUCGGCCGCGGAGGUUCUUCAGCACCCCUUUCUGACUAUCAACAUGAGUGGUGACCUCACUAUGCCAGCAUCGAUGUGUGGAUAUGGCGACAGGAUGACUGCUCAAUCCAAUAAUGAUGUGCCUAGUGCUCUAAAAACUGACGCUACCUUUAACUCCGGUGUCUUGCGUACUUUUGACACAAAUGCAACCAGUAGUGAUGACAGUUUUUUCUGGGCUUUGAACUCAUAUGAGACCUGUUCUAGCAGUGGGACAUUUGAUUCCAGUUGAAGCAAAGUACAAACACGUACAAGUAAAACAAAACCAUUUUGCCAAUUUCCGGGACAGUUAUGAACCUACGGAACAAAUACAGGGCAGCGGGGUCAUGGGUCCGUUACACCUACCAGAAUAGGGAUUUGGAGACUAAAGAGGCCGUCAAAAUAAUUAAGAAGUUUGAUGAAAACAGCAAUACUAAAGUUUUGUAUAGAUUGGCAUUUACUAACGUUACAUUCGGCGUGAACACCGUCUGGUUGCUGGCCCUCAAGCCCGCUACUCGACUGCCGAAUUCCGGCAACAACCUUUUCUGACCGACAACAACGUUAGUUAGGUUUGAACAAUGAUCAGUAUUUGAAACUGACUAUAAUUCUAAUCUCAUAAACUUGACCAAACCCAAGUGUUGCACUAUCGAUGAACAUACAAUUUCCUUUCUCCCUGGUCUUAGAGCACAUAUAUAAUAAACGUGGCUAAUGGUUCGUGAUAGAGACUAAUUUCCUUAUGGCCAGUCAUAAACUGAAUAGUUGUCUGCAGAGUUUUGGAAAGAAGGAGCAAAGUUCGAAUAACAAAAUUCCUUGGAUUUGUCUCCUGUUUCACACAUCGACUCGGGCAAUACAAACAACUUUAUAGUACCUGCUUCAGAACACCAGAGUCUUUCUACCACAGACAUAGAAAUACCAUUCCCAGCACAAAGUGUACCUAACGAUAUUAUGUGACAUAAUUCAUGGGUCCUGCUUGUCACGAUGACACAUUUUUGAUGAAAGAGAAGAUGAUGAUAACCGAAGGAAAGAGGACUAGCGACAAUUUAUUAUGCUCUUCGUCUCAGUGCACCUCACCCUCACCAGACUUAUAUCUGUAAAUAAAGACAUUAUUCAAAGAAA